AUGUGGGCCUCUGAUAUUGACAAGGCGGCUAAGUCAGGAAUCACACUUCUGAGAAUCCCCACUACAUAUGUUGCUUGGAGUGAACUUCCGGGCUCUAAGCUCUACUCGGGCAAGCAGACUGCCUAUUUGAAGAAGAUUGCGACCUAUGCUAUCGAGCAAUAUAAUAUAUAUAUCAUUGUUGAUGUGCAUGGGUUGCCUGGCGGAAUCGACGGCUUGGCUAUCGGUGAAGCUGCUGGUCGUUGGGGUUUGUUUCACAAUCAGACGAAUUUCGAUUACUCAAAUAAAGUCGUUGAUUCGGUCCUCUCGUUCAUCCAAAACUCGGGAUACCCUGAAUACUUCACUUUUGAACCCCUCAACGAAGCAGCCGACAAUCAUGACUUGUCUGUAUUUGGUACAUCAGCAGCUCUUUCAUCUUCGGGUGCGAGCUGGGUCUUGAAGUACUAUAAGGCUGUUCUCGAUCGUGUUGCCGCUGUCAACCCUCAAAUCCCAUUCAUGUUUCAGGACUGCUUCCAGGGAGAGCUAUUCUGGUCGGCCGAUUUUUCUAGCAGUGAUAACAUCGCCUUCGAUGUGCACAAUUACUACUUUGCUGGCCGUAACACCACAUCUCAGAACGAGCCAUCUUACAUCUGCUCGGAUACCAAGUACUCCACAGGAGAUGGCAAGGUUCCUGUCUUCGUUGGUGAGUGGUCGAUUCAAGCUCUAUACAACAACAGCUUCGGGCUGCGCGAGGGAAACUUCAAUACUGGAAUUGUUGCAUUCCAUAGAUAUACACAAGGAGAGGCAUAUUAG